AGAUGGCCAAACCGAGGCUCAUUAGCGGGAUGCAGUCCCCGCGCUGAACGUGUAGAGGCUCCUGGAGCAAAGAUAGGAUUACACUGAACUGAGGCUCCAAAAUGUUUAGGGGAUUGAAGAGUUUCUUGAUGAUCGACGAGGAGAACCAGCCACAAUCAGAACCUAUGGCCAGGAUUGUCUCAGUUUCCGCUCCCCGCACAUUCCAAAGCCCAAGGACCUCCGGUAGCCUGUCAGGACGAACUACUCCUCAGGCUAACCGAUUUCAGCGCAUGGAACAGGAGUUUGUUGCCCCCAAAAGAAACGCCGUUUCGGCACCUUGUUCCGGUCAACAUACUCCGCUCGAACCACCGGAAGUGGAUCUUAGCCACCUCAGCACGGAGGAACGAGCCCAAAUAGCUCAGGUGAUGGCAAAGGCAACACAGAUGCAGAACGACGAGACAAGUCGAAUUCGGAAUUUAGAGCAGGAUUACACAGUACUAGCUGCAUCGGUAGAGCGUCGUGCCUCUUUGGGUACUGAAGAGGAGAAACUGAAAUGUCCCGUAUGCUCUGAGACGAAUAUAGUCGACUCGGCCAAGGGACGGACGUGUUCGGAAUGCCGGAAGAACGUUUGUAACAAAUGCGGUCGUUUCGAAUUAUCUCCAAUCAGUUCGGUAAGUAGCGGCAAAAAAUGUCUGUAUUGAUAAAAAAAAAUACGCCUGUUUAACUAUGCAAGCUGGCUAACGUAAUUAGGUUUUCUUUGAGAGGGAAUCAGUCGAAUAGGGAAAGGGAACAACCAGAGAAAACAACGACCAAAUGAAUGAGCAAAUAAUAUCGUAAUCUUUGAGGCCUAAAACUAGACAUCCUAGUACUCUUUUUUUAUAUAUAUUUUUGCAGAUCACGUACACCGGCGACACAGCAAUGCGGUACCGCAAUAUAUCGCCGGCCGUUUGCUAGUUUAUUGAAAAAAUUGCUUUAAUCAUACUUUCUCCCUUAUUAUUUAUACAGCAAAGGGAAUGGACUUGUACUGUUUGCAUAAAGAAGAAGGAAUUGAUAAAGAGUUCAGGAGCAUGGUAUCACGGGAGAAGUGGGCCCACUUUACCCCACGUCACGGGAUUAGAAUUGAAAAAAGAGGACCAAAACGAUCCUAGGCGCAGAGAUCAACCGAUCUAUUCGGAACAUAAUAAGGAGAAUCAAGCAAAUUUCCCACAACACCGACAACCCCCUAGGGAGUCGUUGGUAGACGAGGAGAAAAUUCGUAGGGGGCAGGAUCGUAAUCAACGGCCGAAGAGGAUGCCCGUACCAGAUCCUGAGCAAUUUAGUCAGACACCCGAUAAACAAAUGCCCACAACAAGAAGGGAUUAUGAAGAAGAACAUCAACGUCGUCAAAGACAGCAACAAUCACAACAUCCGCAACACUUACAACAUCAGCAAUAUCAACACCAGCAACACCAACAACAUCAGCAACUUGCACAACAAACACAACAUCCUCAACAUCCACAACAUGCUCAGCAUCCUCAACAUCCUCAACAUAGUCAACAUCCUCAGCAUCCUCAGCAUCCU